UUUGUUUGAGAAAUAUAUCGGACAUAGUACAAGUAGUACUACUACUAGUAGAACUCUAGCAGGCGCUACGCAUGUGGACACUGACUAUUUUCUGCAAACGUUAACCGGCGAUGGCAAGAGCACCUGUCCAGGAUGGGAGAGAUCCCUACCGCCACUUGUACCUUCCAUUCAUUCGAGUCGAGCAGUUUCACGGCAAGGCCAGAUCAAUACUUCCACGAGAUGUCUAUGGCUACUUUUCUUCCGGUGCCACGGACGAAAAAUCAUUGAAAGAAAACCAGGAGGCGUUUGGUCGCCUAUUGCUGAGGUGGCGAUGUUUGCGGGGAGUUGCGAAUGUGGAUCUUAGCACGACAGUCCAAGGAACUUCGGUGAGCUCUCCGAUAUGCGUAGCUCCAACUGCCAUGCAACGCACUGCACAUCCUGAUGGCGAGGUAGCUAUGGGAAAAUCCUGUGCGUAUUCCAACACCCUCAUGACGCUAAGUACGUGGGCAACAAGCAGUAUAGAGGAAGUUUCCGACAAAGCGGGGGGCACCUCACCCAGAUGGUUUCAACUCUAUGUUUUGAAGGAUCGAAGAAUAACACAGCGACUGGUAGAACGAGCCGAGAAAAGUGGAUACAAAGCGAUUGUGCUGACGAUCGAUCUUCCGCGCACCGGUAUACGCUAUGCUGACAAAAGGAGUGGAUUUAAAUUGCCUUCUCACCUUGUGCUUGCCAACUUCUUGGGUCUGGAAGAGUUUGCAACAGAAAACGACAAACGCUUUGCAACCCUUUCCGACUUUGCCGAUAGUUUGUUCGAUAUUUCGAUUUCAUGGGAGAAUUUGGACUGGCUCAAGUCCAUCACUAAGCUCCCAAUCAUUGCUAAAGGUGUAAUGAAUGCUGAGGAUGCCAAUGAGGCACUAAGGCGAGGAGUGUCUGGUAUCUGGGUAUCCAAUCAUGGCGCUAGACAACUCGACUCAACUGCAGCCACUAUAGAAGUUCUACCGGAAGUGGUGCAUGCCGUCAAUGAUCGUGUGGAGGUGUACGUGGAUGGUGGUGUUCGUAAUGGUGGAGAUGUUCUGAAGGCGCUGGCACUGGGAGCACGGGCAGUGUUUGUUGGUCGUCCAGCUCUGUGGGGUCUUGCAUGCAAUGGUGAAGCUGGUGUGUCGCAAGUUCUAGAACUUCUCAACAAGGAACUGGAACUGUCCAUGGCAUUGUGUGGAUGUCCAUCUGUGCUUGAUGUUCCCGAGUCAAUUGUAGUUCCAGCAGCACGAUACCGAUCCACACUGUAAGCACAUCCUGCCGAUAGGACUCAGCCCACUGUCCUUUGUUGAUUUAUCAAAGUUUGAAGUGCAGUGACAUAUUUUGUCUGGUACUCUGCAUCACCAUCUCAACACCUUAUGCCAGUUAUGGUGUGCUACAUGUACAUGUUUUAAACAGACCCCAGCUUUUACAGCUUGCUAAAUUGCACCCUUGAUUUUUCCGGACAGUUUACAUGUACAUCGAACUUGACCUUUUAGCUAGGGUUUUUUUGGAACUUCUGCCAUUGAUUUUUUCUCUGAAGUAUGCCGGUCAGCCCCACUAGUAAGGACUGCCGCAAUUGCUGAUUUCCAGCCGGCUGUAUUGUGUACAUGCAACACA